AAUCACAUUUCGGGUAAAAACAAAUUGAAAUAUCCACCGAAUUUAAAUAUUAAAGUUAGAGAAGCUGCCAAAUAUCUGGAGUUACAAUCAGGGACAAGGACAAGGACUACUACACUAGAGGAGAGCUUUUACAAGCAAUCCGGUGAAACCACAUAUAAUGACAAGUCCGUCGCGGGAUAUAAACGAUCUUUUUGACGAUAUUGUCCUGACCGAGGAGAAGGAGGCACGUUUGGGCUACGAGGAGGGACUGAAGGACGGCCAGGAGCAGGGCAACGAAGAGGGCUAUAAAUUGGGCUACGCCCAGGGAGUAUCCCUAGGCGAGGAGCUCGGCAAGAUUCUGGGCCAGGUGGUGGCCCAGCAGCAGCUGAAACACACGGACAAGGUGCGUCGCAGCUUGGAACAGUUGCGUUCGCUCAUCGAGGAGUUUCCCCGCACCAACGAUCCGCAGGCGGACAUAGUGGGUGCUGUGCAGGACAUUCGCUCCUCCCAUCGUCGCCUUCGCGCCCAGCUGGGAUCCAAAAAAACGCCUGGUGCAGCGCCUGCAGAGACCAAUUCUGUCGAGCACAAGGACUACAGCUUCUAGCCUUAUAGCACCAUGUCCAAGGUGGGAGUUGUGCAGUUGCAGAGGCGUCUGGAUGGCUUACUGGCCUUCCUCAAUCCGCACUGGGAUUUUGUCAAUUGCCACAUGGUGAACUACUUGACGGACCAGCACUGGGACGGCUUUUUAUCCGAAACGCUGAAAAGUGAGAUCGCCGGCAAGGAAGAUGUGGCUCUGGCCAUAGAAGACCUAUUUUGGAAAACUGAUGAAUCAGAAAGGUUUCCGGCAUGGCGAGAAUUCCUAGGCAAGAGCAAACAAGAACGCCUGUCGCUUCAGAGGGUCAGGGGAACUCCACGCAGCUAAGCAUUCGGGAGUUUAUGAGCGCCAAAAAGUGCCAUGAGGUGGAUCUAACAGCCGUUCUCGUGGACCAGCUUGUGAAGAACUCCGGUCAAGAUUGCUUCAUUGUAGACGCGGGCGAUGGCAAAGGGUAUUUAUCCUCGCGCUUGGCGCUCCAGUAUGGUCACCGCGUGCUCGGCAUCGAUGCGAACGCGGCAAACACCGAGAACGCAUUGAAUAGGAAUCGCAAAUUGCAGCGCGCUUGGAAUGGCCUUACGGAACGAGCGGAGCUGCAAGUCCAGGGAAUCACGCCCAAGAGACGUGGUAAAAAGUCGCCAGCCAGGGAGAGCACCAAGAGUGCGCCUGCCUUGGAAAACUACAAGACAACGGCAAAGUUUAUAACCACCGAACUUAACUUUGGUGCCCUGCUGGCGGAGAAUUUCACUCAGUUUAGACCGGAAGACAGUCCAAACAUUUGCCUUACUGGAUUGCAUACCUGUGGCAACCUGGCCGCCACCUGUCUUCAGGUUUUCCACGCCCAAACGGACUGCCGGUUGCUUUGUAAUGUUGGCUGCUGCUAUCAUUUGCUGCGGGAGCGCUAUUCGCAGCAGGAGUUCUUUGGCAAUAAGUCCCUGAUGGAGCUGCAAACAGACUAUGGAUUCCCAUUGAGUCAGUACCUGCGGGAGCGACAAGUGCGAAUGGGUCGCAAUGCGCGGAUGCUGGCGGCCCAGUCAAUUGAACGCACCUUGGACACCAAGGAGCUGCCUAAUGUAACGCUCUACUAUCGAGCUCUCUUGGAGAUUCUGGUUUGCCGCCAUGCGCCGGAGCUGAAAAACGAACUGCAGGUGGGCAAGGUACGGAAAUUCGAGAGUUUCGAGGAGUACAUUCAAAAGUGUGCCACCAAAUUGGAUGCUCCCUGGUUGGCAGCUGUUGAGAAAGAAGAACUUCAAUCCCUGCUCCAGGAAUAUGCCGUGCAUAAAUACUUCUUGGAUCUGUUCUAUCUGCUGCGCAUGUCCUUUGCUCCGGUGCUGGAGAGUCUAAUUCUCCUGGAUCGCCUGCUCUACCUCAAGGAACUUGGCUAUGAACGCAGCUAUCUGAUAGAUUUAUUUGAUCCCGUCAUUUCGCCCAGGCAUUUUGCAAUUGUUUCUAUAAAGCAGCAAACGCAACAAUAAUGAAAUUCACAAAUGCAUCAAAAGCUUGACGAGAAAGCCGGUUGUGUUUAAUUAUUUAUAGAUUAUAGCGUGCAAUACUUUUCAUAUCGUAUAUGUAUUGCGUUAACGCUUUUAAAAAUCUAACUAAACCAUAGCACACAAAAAGUAAAUAAGGUUGUUAAAACUAAGAAUCAUUAUAAUAAAUGUAAUCAUGACUUGU